AUGGCGAAGUUUCCACCAAUUACUACUGCUCCUCUUGCUCGGAACGACAUAACUCAUGAAAUCCAGUUACGAUCCCGUUGUGCUGUUCAUGUAAUUAUAAGUGGGGUACUCUGGGUGACUCUGUCAUCUGUAGGUACAUCUGUCUCUUCCACUUUAGAAGACAAAACAUUUGUCAAAGAAAUAUUGGAUAAACUCGAGCCUAAGCUGCCAAAAAAAGUAAUCCGCAAAGUUUUUAGGGUUGGAAAAAGUAUCAAUGAUAAACCACGACUACUAAAAGUACAACUCACUUCUCAUUAUGAGGUGAACCAUGUGAUAAUAUCCUUUCUACGUCUUUGUUCCAACUAUCCUGAUGAGUGUUCUCAGGUCUCUACCACCAGGGGUCGUACACCCUCCGAAAGACUUCGGAUCCAAGCUUAA